AGAAGAAGAAAUCAGGUGGACAAGAAGAUCCACUAAUAAAAAUGGUGGUGCAAAUUUAAUAUUCCAUUUUCUCUUCUUUGUCUGUUUGUUCCUCAAAACCCCAUAUUAGUACUACUAAAGAAACUCCAUAAGAAGGAAGAAAAAUUGGAACUUUAUGAAAGUGAAUGAAUUAACUGAAAAGAAACAAAAAUAUCAAACUGAGUUGCCAAGAGUGCACGCCAAGUGUUUGUUCUCUUUACAGCUUUCUUUUUUAAGCAUUAGAAGAGCAAAGCAGGUGACCUAACAAUUUGUUUGUGGUCCACAAGAAUUUGGUUAAAGAUUGAUUGACAAUUUAAGAGAGUUCUGAUUUUGAUUCUUGUUGUUGUGCUUAGCUUCUUCUUCUUGCUGCUCAUUGUUAUAUACCAUAAAUGGCGGCAAUGUUGGCUUCUCAGAGCUGUUAUUGCCGCAGAGGAGAAUUGAUAAAUCAUGGAAGCAAUGUAAACAACCUCAGUUUUUCAGGCACAAUCUCUAUCCUAUUUUUGUCGAAAUUUGAUAGAGAAUCUGGUAAAUCAUGUAGAAAGAUUCACCGGCUAAAAGUGCAUAUGCAACAGACUGAGUCCCCUGAAAAAGUAGGUAUAAAUGGUCGUCCUGUUAAAAUGGUACCUACAAGUGAAGUGACAAAGAGAAUGGCACCAUCUGUAAAUGGUUCCACGGUUGUUAAUGGUUCCACACAGAGAAUCAAUGGAGCAAAUCUAGUUAAGCAGGUUCCUACUCCAGCCCCUGCAAAGAAACAAAAAUCUAAAGAACUUCUGCCUGCUGAAGAUCUAAAGGUUUUACCUUCAGAUGAAGGUUUCAGCUGGGCUAAUGAGAAUUAUAACUCCAUCCAAAGAAGUAUAGAUGUGUGGUCCUUUGUCCUUUCGCUACGGGUGCGUGUUUUCUUGGACAAUGCAAAAUGGACAUAUGUGGGUGGCUUUACUGAAGAUAAACAGAAAGUCAGAAGACGUGGAACAGCUUCAUGGUUAAGAGAAUGUGUGCUGCAGCUUGGUCCUACAUUUAUCAAACUUGGGCAGUUAUCCUCUACUAGAUCUGAUCUAUUUCCUCGAGAAUUUGUUGAUGAGCUUGCUAAGUUGCAGGACAGAGUACCUGCCUUCUCCCCCGAGAAAGCAAAAGAGUUUAUUAAAAAGGAGUUGGGAGUUCCAGUUGAUAUUUUGUUUAAGGUGUUUGAAGAUCAACCCAUUGCAGCAGCUAGUCUUGGUCAGGUGCACCGGGCUAUCUUACAUAGUGGAGAGAAAGUUGUUGUGAAAGUUCAGAGACCCGGCCUAAAGAAACUAUUUGACAUUGAUCUGAGAAAUUUAAAGUUGAUCGCAGAGUACUUUCAGAAAAGUGAAACUCUUGGUGGUCCAACUCGUGACUGGAUAGGAAUAUAUGAAGAAUGUGCUAAGAUAUUGUAUGAGGAAAUNCUACAUGUGGAUAAAAGCAAGGGUGUAAUCAUAUUUCUUUUACUACUACAGAAAACCUUAUUUAUUUAUUUUCCUUUCCCAAUGUAGUUGGUGUACUGGGACUAUACAGCAACAAAGGUUUUGACUCUGGAAUACGUUCCAGGAAUAAAGAUCAACCAGUUGGAUAUGAUAGAUUCACGGGGUUAUAGCCGAUCCCGAAUUGCAUCUCGUGCCAUAGAAGCCUAUUUAAUUCAGAUACUGAAGACUGGUUUUUUCCAUGCUGAUCCACAUCCAGGGAAUCUUGCAAUUGAUGUUGACGAAGCUUUAAUCUAUUAUGAUUUUGGUAUGAUGGGGGACAUCAAGAGUUUCACAAGAGAGAGAUUACUGGGGCUUUUUUAUUCUGUCUACGAAAAGGAUGCAAAAAAGGUUAUGCAAGGGCUUAUUGAUCUAGAAGCACUUCAGCCUACAGGAGACAUGUCAGCUGUGAGGCGAUCUAUUCAGUUUUUCUUGGAUAACUUGUUGAACCAAAGACCAGAUCAGCAGCAGACCUUGGCUGCAAUUGGUGAGGAUUUGUUUGCUAUAGCAACUGAUCAACCAUUCCGUUUUCCUUCCACUUUUACGUUUGUGAUCAGGGCAUUUUCCACACUAGAAGGGAUUGGCUAUAUAUUGGAUCCUGAUUUCUCCUUCCCUAAGAUUGCAGCACCAUAUGCACAGGAGCUCUUGGACUUGAGACAGCAGCAGCGCAGUGGUCCACAACUUGUUCAGGAAAUAAGGAAACAGGCUAAUGAUGCACGGACAUCCACAAUUUCCAUGCCUUACAGAGUUCAGCAGAUAGAAGAGAUCGUUAAACAGCUUGAGUCCGGAGAUCUGAAACUCAGAGUUCGGGUCCUCGAGUCCGAGAGAGCAGCUCGAAAAGCUACAAUUCUUCAAAUGGCAACCAUGUACACAGUUAUAGGGGGCACCCUCCUAAACCUUGGUGUCACUUUUACCAGUCAAGGCAGUCAAAUGUUUGCAAAUGGAUCUUUUAUUGGUGCAGGUGUUUUCCUGACUCUCUUGCUUAGGUCUAUGCAAAGAGUGAACAAACUUGAUAAAUUUGAGAAAAUGAUUUAAGCCAUUAUACAUUCCCUUCUCCCCCACCCUUUUUUUUUUUUUGGCUUCAUUUUCACUUUUUUAUUUUUAUUAUUUUGGUGGGGGAGAGAAGGAGGGGCCAGGGAGGUUGAAAUGUGACCUCUUGCAAUAUUUAGGAACCAAUUUUAUUAUGUGGUGCAAGGAAAAGGGAUAAUAAUGUUCCUCAUAUUUGUAAUUAUGUUCAUAUUUUUGUAUAGUAAUAAAAUUUAUGCUCCAAAUUAAGAAAUGCAUGUAUAUAAGUAUAUUGCCAAUUA